GUCACUUGUAUUACUAUCAGCUGAUCAGUGUUGAUCGAGAGCACAUGCCACUGGAAUGUGGGCCAAGGGGUCGUUGAUCAAUGCCUCGAUACCCUCCGGGACCGGGAGUUACUCUCUUGAUCAUAAGAGAGAGCUUAAUUUGAGUCAUACCGGAGGCACACAACCUUCGGCCAGUUGAAUUCAACUAGUACCUUAGGCAGCUUCAUGGACAAAACAAUGGGGAAGCGCCCCGUCGCCUGGCUCUUUCUUCUUCUAUAAAAAGGGUGGCAAUAUCGCAUUGAAGUUUCGACACAAUAUCGCAGUGUAGUUUCCGACAAAGACCCGCCUCCCUUCAACAUGGCAGCUUCAGAUGCCAACAUGACCGAACUUCGUCCUCCUACAGGACCCAGACAGCCAACUAGACAAGAAGUGAGGAGAUACUACUGGGGCCUUCCUUCGCAGCCUCUUCUCAUCGCACGAUCCUCCACGACUCCCUGGGACAUGCCCCGCUACUACAAGUCGUUGAUUCCAGCGGGGCGGCACGAUGCUUUGGCCGCAGCAUGGCAAUGCCCGCUAAAGUCUCGAAUCAUCUCGUGCCUAGACGGGAAAGCGAUCCGAUGGCUGUCGUUUUUCCCAAUCAAGAUUGGAGACUUUGAAGAUCAGCAUACGCAGUCACUUGUAUUGCUGAUCAGUGUUGAUGAAGAACACAUGCCACAGUGGAACUUUGGGAUCAAUAACGUGGAAUGCGAGAUGAUGGCAACAUCUUGGUUUCCUCUAACCAACCCUGAGGCACCUGCCAAACUUGAGGCGCUGAAUGCAAAGCAUGCUGAGCGUACCACAGUAGAUUUCAGCAAAUUCAUACCCUUCCCUGGUGCCGCAAUCGACUCGGCCGACAACACUAGGAAUAGCACUGACACGUUAGGGCUCACUGUCCGGAUCACAAAGAGGCCAACCGAGCUGUGGCUGUCAAAGUGGCAAUUUAUGACGAAGCAGGAGAGAGAAGUUGUCUCCCCCGGAUUGAUCGAGACAGAGGAUGUCAGCUUUAUUGCUGCAUUAACCUGCAACCAUUGCGUGCAAUCUAGAUCGAAGUCCGAGUUCGAUCCGGUCACAAUGCGGUACGAUGUCCAUCUGCCCUCGGCCAAGUACCUCCACGAGUGGAUUGAGAAGAUUGACCACUCUAUCGCGGAACAGUCCGAUCGGAUUGUUAGACUCGAAGAUGGCCUUCGUAAGGCGGGAUGGUCGGAUAGCGAGGAGCACCAAGCUUGUGUACCAAUGGAGCCUCGCAUCAGACGUUUCAAGUUUCAGACACAGAUUGCGAAGGCCGCUCUGAGCAUCAACAGUAUACUAAGGGAUUACACCAGACCCUUCGAGCCUCGAUCCGUUAGAACUCUGGGCCGUGUCCUUUACACACCUCCAAUCGGCCUCGACGAGGGCAGAAAAACAAUCAGCGAUUGGGCUCUUCUCGAAAUCUUUGAGGACAAGGUUGAGGCUGGCCAUCAGUGGAAUCUUAUUCCACUGUUCUGGGACAAUGUGGUGGGCAUGGCAACUCUCAAAGCUGUCGACCCAACCCUGCACAAGAAGAGUUCCAUGCAACUCCAAAGCUCAAUACUCCCAAAGUCCGAGCUUCGCCGGGGUAUUAUGGCUGAGCAUGACUCCCUAUUGUCCCGCAACCCAGAAUCGAGGCAAUACGUCCUCGGGAAAUAUGGUGCUGCCACAGGAUUGACCUUCGGCUACUGCAACGACUUCAAGGCGGUAACCCGCAGGCCAGUCGGGCCAGAGCACAUUUCUGAAGAGUAUUUUAUUGUCGGCCUUCCGGAUGAUCAGUUGAAUAGCGACAAGGCUACUCGGUUCUCUAAGCGUGGCGACUCUGGUGCUGUGGUGUGGAAUCUGGAUGGCAGACCUGUGGGUAUGCUGACCAGCGGUGAAGGAUAUGAUGGGGUGAGCGAUAUCACUUAUAUGACUCAUCUGGAGGGUGUUUUUGGUAUGAUGGCGGAUCGUGGUUUCGAAAUCUCAAUCGUUGAUUAG